CGCGAGUAGCCACCGCCUUUCCUACUUGGAAAGAAACUAGGGUUUGAAAGGACUUCAUAAACAUCCCUCUCUCUCAUCUCAAGCUCUCUUUUACUCAAAACCCUAACCCUAGCAUAGAAGCGCGACAACCUCUUCUCAUUUCCUCAGAGAGAUGGCGAAGUCGAAGAAUCACACGGCCCAUAAUCAGUCCUACAAGGCCCACAAGAACGGAAUCAAGAAGCCGAGGAGGCACAGGCACGCCUCCACCAAAGGGAUGGACCCAAAGUUCCUGAGGAACCAGAGGUAUGCAAGGAAGCAUAACAAGAGUGGUGGAGGGUCGACCGGGGAGGAGGAAGAAUAGAUGAAGAAGAAUGAGGAUGAUCAAGGAGGAGGAUGAGUAGAUGAAGAACAAUGAGGAUGGACCUGUUAGAAUUAGAAUGAAUUUUAAACUAUAGGAUUGUUUUUUUAUGAAACUUUGAAUUUUGCUGUUGAACUAAUUUCAAUGCCACUGCCUUGCAGUGCUUAUGGGUAUGCUUGAUUUUUCUAUCUUAAUAUCAGUAUUGUGAUAUUUGCUU